GAGGAAAGAGAAAUAGGACCCUUAAGCGUGCAAAUAAAAAGACUUAAAAGCAAAACAAAGCUAGAUCACAAAAUCCUUUGCUAUUAUAACUCUCUCUACCUUUGUGGGGUUUCUCUUCAAAACUCUUCUCUAUAAUACUAUUUUCAUUCUCUCUUCAAAACUUUGUCACUCUUUUCUCCUAUUUCCUUUUUCCAUUAACCAAAAGUCCCAUUUAAGGUUCAUUGUCUCACACACCUCAAACCUAAACAAACCACCUCAAAGCUGUAUUUUUUUCACACAAGGGUAUAAGGGUUUAUUUAAUCACUUUUUGAGUUCAUUGCAAGAGUGUUUUUUUGUGUUCAUUUUGUUGAAGUGAUGAAUGAAAUGACAAGAAAUGAAAGAGAAUCAUCAGAAGAAAGGAAGCUAGAGCUAAGACUUGCUCCACCUGGUGUUGAAAACUGGUUUAACACAUCCAACAACAAUAAACAAAGAGCUUAUGAUUAUGAUUAUGAUUAUGAGUCUAAACUCUCUCUUGGUAAUUUUCUUCAUUUCCCAUCAAACAAAGCUAUUGUUGUGAAAGGUAAAGAAUCAUCAUCAUCACAAACCUGUUGUCCUAAAUCAGUAGAGUUACAGAAUGGUGAUAACAAAGUUACAGCUGUUUCCAACACUUCUCAGAAAAGAACUGCUCCUGGACCAGUAGUGGGAUGGCCACCAAUUCGUUCAUUCAGGAAGAAUCUUGCAACAAGCAGCAAUUCUAAGCCAUCACCACCUGAGUCACAUACUCAACAACACAACAAGGUUGCUGGUAAAAAACCUAUUGACAACUUUGGUAAAGGUUUGUUUGUUAAGAUUAAUAUGGAUGGUGUUCCAAUUGGUAGAAAAGUUGAUCUUAAUGCUUAUGAUAGCUAUCAAAAUCUUUCCUCAGCUGUGGAUGAGCUCUUUAGAGGACUCCUUAAAGCUCAAAGAGAUUCCUCUAGUUGUGGAGGUAACAAGGAGGAAGAAAAAGUGAUUAGUGGAUUAUUGGAUGGAAGUGGAGAGUAUACUCUUGUAUAUGAGGAUAAUGAAGGAGACAGGAUGCUUGUUGGUGAUGUCCCAUGGCAUAUGUUUGUAUCAACAGUGAAGAGGCUUCGAGUGUUGAAGAGUACAGAGCUUUCUGCUUUUACACUUGGUACUAAGCAAGACAAGAUACCUACUUGAUGUGAAGAUUGAGGAUUUAAAUCUCUUCUAAUUUGAUGUUUUUGGUUCUUAAUGAUGAAAAUCAUGGAAUGGAAGUAGUAGCUUUACAUUACAUUAUGUAUGAAUGUUUUUUUUUUUUUUUUUUUUUUUUAAUGAAGAUUUGAGAUGUUUAUGGGUUUUUUGUAUAAAUAGGGGAUGAAAACUUUACGGAUGUGUGUACUCAUGAUUUAAUGUGGAGUAACGAUUAACUUUGUUUUGGUUUGUA